GGUAGCUUCCCCAGUCCACACAAGACAGAUCCCCCCGAAAUUUUCCUUGCCGGGUUCCGAACCCUAACAAAAAUCCCCUUCGUCCAAUCGGCGGAGCUCACUGAGGCCAGCUCUCUGCCGUUAUCUUGGCACUAGAGUGUGUUACCGGGGAAUCAUGAAAAGGGCAAUUCCGUGGAGCGACGACGACGGCGACAAGGAUUCUUCGGAUUCAGAUGAUGGAUCGUCUACGUCGUCUUCGGCAUCGGAUGCUGAAGGUGAUGUAGGCACCACCAAGACGAAAACCAAGAAUGCCUCCAAGCACAAGAACUCGAAAGGUACUCACUUUCUGAAACUUGACCUUUUUUUAACCUUUUGGUACAACUGAUACUUCAAAUUCGCCGAAGCAGAACGAUCCUAGAUUCGGUAUGGGAAGAAGCUUCGUAGUUUUGACUUAGCCUUCAAGUUGUCAAUUUGAAACCCAGAUCAGUGGAAGUGACAGCUCUGCUGGAAGAGCUAAUACACAAUUGUACGGGUUUCGUGGUUUGCUGCAACUCUUCUGUUGAUUGUCUUCCCCGUGAGAAUAGAUGAGGAAAUUUGCUUUUAAUUGCAAACCAGAUUGCAGUUUAACAGGCAAGUCUGCAAGGCGGAGGCGUGGAGCUGUGGACUUUGAAGAACUGAGGCGGCAUGGAUACAAAGGUGGCCCCUCACUUCUGAGAAUGCCACCCCCUAAAGACGACACAGAGCCCAACUGGACCUGGUCUACAGGUAAAGAACGCCAUGCUGCCACCAAGGUCGAGAAUGGAGAGUCUUAUGAUGAGCGGCAGAAAACAAGGGCAGCUCUAGUGGCUGGGGAGCAGCUGGUGCAUUCACAGACCCGGAAAGAGAAGGAGGAGAAGAAUCAGCUUUCAUUCUCACAGAAGGAGAAGAGGAAACGAGAACUUGGGCAGGCUAGCAGGGGAAAGAAUUAUGUCGAGGAAGAGAAGAGGUUGUUGAGAGAAAGUGGCGUCUACUCUGGCUUUGAUACAUAAGAUGAUCAGCAAUUGCUCUGAAUCUCUGAUGGAAAUAAUAAGAGUGCUCUGUUAUUCUAAGUGAUGCGAUGUAAGAUUUUGUGUUGAAAUACCCAUAUAAUCAGAUCUGUUGGCAUCAAAUGGUGUUUCCAAUGGCUGAAAACCCGGAUUUCUUAGUCAAGUAGAUCUUUCUUACUCUAGGGUUCUAACUCUACUGGUCAUUUGGAAUUUUGGAUUGUUUCAGUGAGAUUGUUGUAAUGCUUACAUUUUUUUAUGGUCAAAUCAACAAAUUUUUAUUAA